AUGAGUUCAGACUCGAGCUAUCAACAACAAUAUCCAGCUCGUUUUCCUCCACAACCGGAGCCUUCAGUUUGCUAUCAAAACCCAAACGCGCCGAAUUAUGACAAUUCCACUAAGAGCGCACCAGCCUCACAACAACAAUCUCUAGGUUACUAUCCUCAAAACCCGAAUUAUGACAAUUCCACUAAGAGCGCACCAGCCUCACAACAACAAUCUCCAGGUUACUAUCCUCAAAACCCGUAUUAUGACAAUUCCACUAAGAGCGCACCAGCCUCACAACAACAAUCUCCAGGUUACUAUCCUCAAACCCCGAAUUAUGUCAAUUCCACUAAGAGCGCACCAGCCUCACGACAACAAUCUCCAGCUUACUAUCCUCAAAACCCAAACGCGCCGAAUUAUGUCAAUUCCACUAUGAGCGCACCAGGUUACUAUCCUCGAAACCCAAACGCGCCGACUUAUGUCAAGUCCACUAUGAGCGCACCAGGUUACUAUCCUCAAAACCCAAACGCGCCGAAUUAUGUCAAUUCCACUAUGAGCGCACCAGGUUACUAUCCUCAAAACCCAAACGCGCCGAAUUAUGUCAAUUCCACUAUGAGCGCACCAGACUACUAUCCUCAAAACCCAAAUGCGCCGAAUUAUGUCAAUUCCACUAUGAGCGCACCAGCUUCACAACACGCGUCUCCACGACACGCAUCCCCUUCCACUGGGUAUGGGUUGGAUAAGAGUUAUUACGAUCUGCAAGAAACAGAAAAUGUCGCGUAUACACCAUCUCCACCAUUUCUAGGAAGAGAACCAUUGAAUAAGAAUUAUCCUUUAGAAACAAAAAAUGAUUCAGAUGUUACUACUACUAAUGGCAAGCUGGCCACCUCAAUUCAGCUAUCUCCUAAUGUCACUACCACUAAUGGCAAGCCAGUCUCAACACAACCACCUCAACCAGUUCAAGCAGGAGAAUUGUUGGAUAAGAAUUGUCCCCAAGAAAUUGAUGCCCCAACACAAGCCUUGUCUCCUAAUGUCACUACCACUAACAUCAUGUCAGCCACAACUCAGCCACCUCUAUCACAUGCUGCUCUCUUUCUCCUGCGAAACUUGAACCCAGACACUGUUAGACCACAACGUCAUUCAGGCAGAUUUUCUAAUUUACGACCAAUGGGGAACUUUGGUCAAUGUGAAGAAUGCUUUUCAUCAAGAACAGGAUACAAUUACUGUAAUUAUUGCAACAGUGAACUGUUUCAGAAUAAUUUUUCGAAUUGGACAAGUGGCUCCGAAGAAAUUGACAAUUUUAUUCAAGAAGCUCAACUUGAGGCAACCAAUGUCAGAUCUGUCUUGGAAUGGAUAGACUAUAAAGAAUUCACAAACGUGGAGCAUCUUGCAAAUGGUGGUAACAGCUCAGUAUUUACAGCAUAUUGGCCUCGAGGACCUAUUCGGACAUUGGACGCAAAUGCCAAUGAAUGGAAGCGAGGCUGGGGUCAGGCAAAUCCGGACUUGGGUGCAUACCACAAAUUCAGCACGUUGGUUUCACACGUCGUACGUUGUUAUGGCAUCUCGCGCUGCCCAUCCACUAAUGAGUUUAUUGUCGUCACAUCAUAUGCUGAGGAUGGAGAUCUCCGGCAGUAUAUUUCCAAGAACUUUGAUAGUUUUACUUUACAAAGAAAAAUCAUCACUCUCAGAGACAUUGCAAGUGGCUUAGUGACCAUUCAUAAAGUGGGACUGUUGCAUAAAGACUUGCACACUGGCAACAUUCUACGAUCCGGUACUUGGACAAUGAUAAGCGAUCUCGGUCUUUGUUGGAAUAAGGCUUCUAUGACUGAAAAUGAAAAGACGAUUCAGGGUGUGCUUCCCUAUGUAGCACCAGAAGUUUUACGACGAAUGCCAUACACUCGAGCAACCGAUGUUUAUAGCGUUGGAAUGAUUAUGUACGAACUAUGGUCAGGUAGACCACCAUUUGAAGGAAAAGAUUAUGAUGUACAUUUAGCAGUAGAUAUAUGUUCAGGAACCCGUCCUGACAUUCCCCCGGACAUGCCUGCCUAUUAUUCCAUUAUUAUGCAAGCAUGCUGGGAUCAAGACCCUGACAUGCGACCUACAUCGCGUGAAUUAGAAAGGACAUUUGAUAGUUGGAUUGAAAAUAUCGCAAACGGAGAGCUGCGUUGCCCCAAGACUUUUGCUAACAAGAAAUCAGUAAAUUCGGCAAAGCAAAAGAAUGAAUUUGGUUUACAUAGUAUACCUGAGCGUAGCACGAGUCAACCAAUUCCUCCACUAUCCGCUGAUCAGCAUGAGCUUUUAAAUAAACUGGAUGAACAUCGGGAAGCUCUAUAUCAAUGCUGUCUUGACAAUCGUCUCAUUGAAAUAGCUGAAGAAAGGUCCAAAGCUCAAGAGCAAGCAAGUCCUAUGACAUGGACACGCGAACUCAAAACGCUUGCCGAUGAAAUUUUUGGCAGUUCAGGAAAUGCAUUACCAAUUACACUUAAUACAAUAACAACUGAGCCUACAAGGACGGCGGACAAUAGGAGUCGUAAGUAG